GUAAGUCUCGCUUGUGCCCCUAGAGGGCUCAUGUCCGUGUCUCUCUCUCUGUCGGUGUGUGUUGUUUCUCCGCUCGCUCGGUUCUCCGGUGUCUGUGUGCGUGAGCUCGGUGUUCCGCUCAUCAUGUCCUCCGCGGGAGCUGCGUGUGGACCGGCUCCGGGACCGAAUCACGGCGGCUCUGUUCCCGCGCCCGGAGCCUCAAACCCGCGAAAGUUCAGCGAGAAGAUCGCGCUUCACACACAGAGACAGGCGGAGGAGACCGCGGCGUUCCAGGAGGUCAUGAUGGACCUCACCUCCACCCGGAUUCAGGCGCAGAAGGUCCGUUUGGCUCGAAAUCAGGGCUCGUAUUAUGGUGGAUCUCUGCCUAACGUCAACCAGAUCGGCAGAAGUGCCUCGGACCUGCAGGGCUCGUAUCACUCUCCGCUGGACUCCAGUCGCUCCACACGGCAUCAUGGUCUGGUGGAGCGUGUUCACAGAGAGCGGCGCUUCGUCUCUCCCAGCAGACCCUACAGAAGACAAACGGACAGCUCUCACAGCAGCUCAGUGUAUCUGUCUCCGCCCCCUGACCCCAGCUGGAGAAGGAACUGGAACAGUAGCUUUGAGACGGACAAGAGCCAGAUAUUCCAGCAUCUGCCGACCACAGCGCUCAACAGGACUAACUCGGACUCGGCGCUGCACACCAGUGUGAUGAAUCCUCCGGCUGGAGACCCGUUCUCUGCUGGACUCCGCCGGCCGACCGUCUUCUCCUAUCCUGCUCCCAUCGAGGAGAACAGCCCCGACGACGGACGCUUAAAGCCCUGGGACUCCAGGAAGCUGCCGCUGCUCUCUUCACGACCAAAGUCCUGUGAGGUGCCUGGAAUCACUGUGUUUCCGUCUCCGGACCAGCAGGGCGGCGCUCCUCAGGGCCCAACAGUGCUGAAUACAGGUGGCUCUCUGCCGGAUCUGUCCAGUCUGCACUUCCCGUCCCCGCUGCCGACCCCGCUGGACCCGGACGAGCCGGGAUACCCGUCUGUGAGCGGCGGGAGCACGGGGAACCUGACCUGCACCCUCACACAGCUGGGCAUCCACAGCCCCAGCAGCUUCUACUCCACAGGUCUGCUGCCGUCUCUGCAGGGUACAUCCAGUAACUCCUCCCUCCAGUCGUCGCUUAGCAACCCCAAUAUCCAAUCAUCUCUCAGCGCUCACUCGUUCCAGAACUCGCUGAGCUCCGCCUCCCUGCACUCAUCCCUGAGCAACCCCUCCAUCCAGUCUUCGUUAAGCUCCUCCCCCUCGCUGAGGUCAUCGCUCAGCAGCCAGUCGCUGCAGUCGUGGCUCAGUAACUCCUCCCUCAGUGGCUCCUCCUCCGCGCUGCAGCCGCAGACGAACUCAUCCCCGCGCAGACGAGCGCAGCUGACCCCUGUGACCCUACCUGCAGACACACGCAGACAUCACCCCAAACAGUUCUCACCCACCGCCUCCACCCUCAGCUCCAUCACACAGGGUGUGGCUCUGGACACCAGCAGGCGGCAGGGGGAUCAGCGGUCAUCUCCCUAUUCUUUCGGGCAGCAGCAGGUUCAGAAAGGUCAGGGUCAGGGUCUUCACCUGCACAACAUGCAGAACCUGCAGAAGUCCUUCCAGAUGCAGCCGCUGAAGCGUCCGAGCCCCGGUCAGAACCAGAACCCCAACCCCGUGAGUUACAGGUCAGCAGACGCCUCUCAGACCGGACAGACCCGGUCCGAGCAGCAGAUGAGUCCGGCUCUCAGCGCAGACCUGGACCUGUACAGCGACACAAUGUUCCUGAACUCACUGCUGGACGACUCGUACCUGGGACUACAGAUACGCCAGAACCAGCAGAUGAGUCUGGACUCUCAGCUGGAGGCAGUGAAUCAUGAGGAUGGUUCUGCUGUGGUUCUGAAGGCUGCGAGCGGCUCGUAUCAGGGUCAGCUGCUGGACUCCUCCCAACAACAGAUGACCAACCAGAGCCAGAGCUACACAGACCUGCGGCACGCCGUGCCCAACAUCACCCUGACCGGAGACUCUUCAGGACUGUCUAAGGAGAUCACGAGUGCGCUGUCGUGUGUCCCGGGCUUCGAGAUGGACCCGUUCUCAUCUGAUAACCCACUGGAGGGUCUGGGCAUGCUGACCGACGGUGACCUGAUGCUGGCUGACCCCGCCGUGGAGGACUCCUUUCGCUCUGACCACCUCAAGUGAACACACGCUUGAACCCUGAGCUUCUGCCCUUUAACGCUGCGCUUCUCUGACGAACAAAGCCACACCGUUCACUUCCUGUUACAGAUGAUCAAUCACAGCCACGUGCCUCCACCGAACACUGCUCAGGCGCUUCAGUCCCAGCAUGCACUGCACCGCACCAGGUUAAUGCACAAACCACUCGUGCGCUUAAGAGUCGCUGUUUCGUUCAAAUGUGACGAGCGAAACACUUCUUUGAUCUGUUUGAUGUCUCAGCCAAUCACGUGAGUUUGGGGCGGGGCUGUCAUUCUGAUUAACCAAUGACAGAAGGGGAAUAAUCAUGAAAUGUGGCCGUGUUCAGAACAGCAUACUAUCAUACUGCAGUAUACAGCACACAUACUGUACUGCUUCUGUUUUAGCGUAUCCCAGAAUGCAUUGUGCUUGACCUUCUCCUGACGAUGCAAAAUACAUUUAGAUUUUAAUUUUCGUGCAGUGAUGAAUACGUCACUGUGGAAUAAUUGACCUACAUGUUUAAUGUAAUAUAUUUGUUUUUAAUAUGUUACUAUGAUAAAGUAAUUAAUUUAUUGCUGCUAAUUACAUCUUCAUCAGUGUAAUAACUCAAAAAAAGAAAAAAAAGUAUAUAUAUAUAUAUAUAUAUAUAUAUAUAUAUAUAUAUAUAUAUAUAUAUAUAUAUAUGUAUAAAUGCAUAAAUUAUUCAUGUACUAGACAGAAAGUUAUAUAAAUUUUAUAUGGAAUUGUUCUAUAGUCCAAAUAAUAUUUAAUGCAGUUGCAUCAGAAUUUAAAACCAUUCUUAAAUUACAAAUUAGGAGUAAUCUGUUACUUGAAUUCUUCAAAGGAAGAGUAAUGAAAAUUACAGUAAUUACUUAAUUUACUGUUUACUUAAUGAUCUUACUGUGUGAGCAUGUGAUGCAAAACUCACUCAGAACAGUGUCAUUUUACAGAUUAGUAUGCACUAUAUAGUGUGCACUGUGUAGUGUGCAGUGAGCUAGUAUGCCGUUUUUAAACACCGUUGGCGUUAUCUUUGAACAUGCGUCACAUGAGAACAGAAUCUGCUCGUGUUUAGUGAUGAUUCUGAUGAAUAGAACUAGUCUCUCUGUACUAGUUAAAGCAGCAUGCGCCGAACCACUGAAACUGAACUGUGUGUGUGUGUGUGUGUGUGUGUGUGUGUGCGCACUCUCUUCUGCCUGUAUUUGCACGAUUAUUCUCCUGAGCAAGGCCAUAUUCAGAGGAACAUGUAUUUUUAUGUAACUAAAUACUGCGUACUAUGAGAUUUAUUUUUAAAUAAAGUUGCUAUAGAUGUUUAUGUCCAUAAAUGUAUAUUUGUAUAUGAAACAAAGUAAUAUGUUGAGAAAUGUGUCGAUCACCAGGUGGAUUAUUAAUAAUUUCAGGUGGAUCUCACAAAUGUAGAACAAAACGUCACAAUUCAGCCCAAAAUCAAAGGGAAGAAAUGGUAAAUUAUCAUUUCAGUGAUUAAAAAUGUUUGAGUGUUCAUUACAAAUAGAUGUUAGAAUCUCAUGGGCAUUUUAUCUAGCACAUUGUUACAUCAAUUCUGCCAUAAAUAUACUCAAGCUUAUGGAAGCUGGUUUCCACCAUGGAAUAAAAAAAUAAAAACGGUACUUGCAAUUUUUAAUCUCACAGUUCAAACUCAGAAUUGAGAGAUAUAAACGAAGAAUUGUGCUAUUAACUGAAUUGUUAGAUAUAAACUCAUAAUUAAAUUUCUUGUUGUUUUUAUCCUGUGGUGGAAACAGGCUUGUGUUAGACAGACAAACGAAGCAUCAUGUUGUUGGAGAUGGAUCUGUCUGUGGUUGGUCUUGCAGUGAUUGUGGGGUCAGCUGGGUGUUUGGGUGAUGUUCUCUGAGCGACAGGUUUCUCUGCUGGAAGUGAAGCGAGUGGUAAUGUUGGACUGUGUGCAGAUAAACCAGGGUUAGUUCAGCUUCUGUCAAACACAUGUAGGAGCAGAGAUGAACACAGUACUUUAUCAUCCAUGCUUUUUAAAUUCAGAUUAGACCUGAAUCUGUCCAGAAAGUGUUUAAAGUCAUGGUCUGGGGCUUUGUGAGUAAUAAUGUAAGUGAAUGUUCCAGAAGCAGGUGUGUCUGGCGUCUGCAUUGCACUGUAAAAUCAGCUCAGGUCUGAUCGAGAUGAUGAAGAUCAGCUUUCGUUUCAUGCUUCAGCUCUUACUGUGUCAAACAGUUCUAGCUCCUGAAAACUAAAUAUGCGCUAUCUAUUUUAAGAUGUCCUUUUAUGAUUGUUGCUCUUAAUUUGUGUUAUUUUGAUAACCAGGGAAGCCAUGCGUGUUGUACAUAAUGUCCUGAAAGCAUAGGUGCUUCUGACGGAACAUUUUUUAAGACUGUAUCCUCACCUUAUUUUACAGAAAAAUAAAGAAUUUAAGUGAA